AUGUCCGCCUCAAGCAUCGCGCCCGAGCUGCUGGCGCGCAUCGCCGCCGCGCUGCACACGCUCGGCGCCAGCGUCGCCGUGGGCGAGAGCAGCAGCGGCGGCCUCGUCUCGGCGGCACUGCUCGGCAUCGACGGCGCCAGCGCGUGGUACAAGGGAGGCGCCGUGCUCUACACGCGAGAGAGCCGCAUCACGUGGAACGUGUGGACGGAGGAGGACCUGCGGGCGUACCGCGGCCCGACCGAGGCCGUCGUCUCGGGCCUCGCGAGCCGCGUCGCCGCGCAGCUGGGCGCCGGGUACGGCGUGGGCGAGAGCGGCAUCGCCGGGCCCAACGACAUCGGGCGGCGCUUCCCUGCCGGCUACACCGUCGUGGCUGUCUCGCGCCCCGAGGGCCGGGCGUGGACGCGCGUGGUGCGCACCGGCAGCAAGGACCGCGUCGAGAACAUGCACCGCUUCGCGCACGAGGCGCUCAGCCUGCUCGCCGAGGUGCUGGAGAGCGACGUGCGCGAGCGCAAGGCGAAGCUGUGA